AUGAGGCACACUCUUCCACUACCCCUCAAGCAGUGUCUGCCCUGGACAUCCUCGGGGGUAGUUUCUCGAACUACGUUCCUCCGUCCUCGCUCUGCUCCAUUAGCACCCACUCGCCGUCACUUCACCGACGCGGCCUCGCAUCCCUCCAAUAAAGUCCAAUUCUAUCUCUCACGCACCAAUGACCCCUAUCUAAACCUUUCAAUUGAGCACCAUCUCCUCCAGAAAAGCCCUCCUGACUCCACCAUCCUCUUCCUUUACACCAACCGGCCCUGCAUCGUCGUCGGCCGCAACCAAAACCCCUGGCUAGAAGUCAACCUUCCUCUCAUAGAGCAACUGAGGGCACAAAGUGAAUCCGGCACCGAAGAUGCCCUGCGCAUGGAGCUCGUACGCCGCCGCUCGGGAGGCGGCACCGUCUUCCACGACGGCGGCAACGUAAACUACUGCGUCAUCUGCCCCCCCGCCGUCUUCGACCGCGACAAGCACGCCGAGAUGGUCGUGCGCGCUCUCCGUCGCCUCGGCGUAUCCGGCGCCAAAGUCAACUGCCGCCACGACAUUGUCGUCGACGUUGGCGAAGCAAACCCGGAAGCGCCGCUUAAAGAUGAAACAGCGUGUCCUGCUGGACAGCAGGGCCCGCAAACGUUCAAAGUGUCCGGGUCGGCGUAUAAGCUGACGCGGCUGAGGUCGCUUCAUCAUGGGACAUGUUUGCUUUCGUCGCCGAAUUUGGCGAGUAUUUCGUCUUAUUUGCGCUCGCCCGCUGAGCCUUUCAUCAAGGCGAGAGGCGUCGAGAGCGUACGGUCCAAGGUGAGGAACGUUGCGGUUGGGAAUGCGGACUUUGAGGAGGCCGUUAGGGAGGAGUUUGGGAAGAUGUAUGGACGGUUUGAUAUCGACCUCGUUGUUGGUGAUGAGGCGCGUGAUAUACCAAACGUUCAGAACGGGCUUAGGGAGCUUCAGACUCGGGAUUGGAUAUACGGACAAACACCGCGGUUUGCCUUUUCUACUGCACCUACGGAGGAUGAUCCUCGAGAGCGUCCCGAGCUUCCCUUUGAUACAAGCAUCCAUGUCGAUGUCCGACAGGGCAUAAUACAAGAGCUCAGCAUCAACGGCAUGCCUGCCCUUCAGACGGAGGCGAGGAACACAUCGUCGUUCUUUGAGCUGCCCAGCUGGAGCGACCUGCUCACGGCUGGAGGCUUGACGGCAACUCGCGUUGACGAGGUUGCCGCCUGGCUACAGAGUCUUCUCGGUGAUUCAUGCAAACGAAAGGACCCAUGA